CCGACAACUCCCUGCUUUACUCCUCUUCGCUGCUGCUGCAAUUCCCUCCGCCACGGCCCCGAGUUCACUUCUCUUCGCCGCCAAUCCCACCGUCACGUCCACGUCUUCACUCCUCCAGAAUCCAGUCCUCCUCGCACCUCGCUGGACGCCGCCAAUCCGCCACGGGCCACGGCCGCAACCCUAGCAGGCGAUUCAGACAGCGACUCAGACGACGAGUUUGCGUUCCCAGGUUGGAUUGUCGAAGAAGAUUUCUGGGACAGGGCAGCUCCGAUGAUCGAUGACGUUCAGAUUACAGACGGUGAUGAUAGAAACUGCGACAAGGUUAGGCUGAAAUUGAAUGAAAAAAUCAGUAGCGCUCCCUUGAUUAAUAGCCGAAUUUAUGGCGAGAUUGCAACAUGGCCACUGGAGUUUGAUCUUGAAAAUCCUGACCCAAUUUGUUAUUACAGAGUGAGUCAUUUACAAGCUCAUACCAUCAAUCUUAACCCCAAAGAAGUAGUUCUUCUUCCCCUAACCAGUCCCGAACCCCGAUCCCCUUUAUACGAAGGCCAGGUUAUUUAUCUGGCAUUUUCUUUGAAGAUUGAUGACGAGGAUAUAUUUGUUCACGGCCAAAUCCACAACAGCAACAACCUGUUUCCAGGCGAAGGUAUUUGCAGAUCGGAUGCUUUGGUUGUGAGACCCCACAAUAGUAAGGCCCUUCGCAAGUACGGCGGGCCCAUCAUCAAUAGAUCACUGAUUGGUGAUCCAGAAUGCGAUCCUGUGCUAAUGGACGCGUAUUACAGCAUGUAUGACAGAGCGUGGACUACUGUCAGUGUAAAGUCGUUGCUUGAAGGCGUGAGCAGGUUUUCCGGUUUCAUCGUUGCCCGUCCUUGCAUAUUCUACUCAAGGAUUUGUUUGCUCACGGUUAAACGAGCGGAUGAGGAAAAGAAGACAGUGGUGAUUCAGAGAGGCGACGAGGGUAUAGUGGGAAUUGAUGGAAGCAUUAAGCUUACAAGGUCGAUGGUUGCUGUACCGUGUUAUAUAGUGUUUGAUGAGGCCAAACAAAAUAAGGUGGACACGAUAUAUAGGGUGGCGGCUGCACGUUUUGCACGUCUAUUUCGUGACUUCGUCUGCUAAUAAUGAGCGGUAUAGUUUUUGUUAUCAUUUUCUUUCUUUUUUUGUUUAGCUUAUAUUUAUAGCUCCUAGCAUUAACAUAUAUACCUUGUUGAACUUAGGUAUAAACAAAUUCCAUUGUUAAUAUGGUUCUGAUAUCAUUGGUUUGAAACACAUUUAAGGAUUAGAUGUUCUGAAAUUUUUGAUCGAUUAACAGACUCCACGACGAAUUCAGUCAUGUGAGUUUAUAUUGCUCAGGAAUCUGUACACACAAACACACACACACACACACAUCACA